AUGGAAGAGUUAAUUAAGCGUUGCUUGUUACAAGCUUGUGAAGAGAUUUUGGGUAAAACGGCUGUCCAGAAACUGAAAGAAAUUCCUAUGUCCGCUAAGAGUGGGAAUCGCAAAACUGAAGAUAUUGUCGAAGUUGUGAAAAAUUCUGUUUUAAUUAAUUCAAUUCGACGAAUCAAAAGAGAUAACUAUCAGGGAUAUCCUGUUUGUUUUCUUGAGAGAAUUAAAGGAAAAACUCCUUUAUGUUCGCUAACAUUUCUGGGAAGAACAAGCGGCCCUGAAAUUCUCAAUGCACUUAAUGGUUAUUUCCUGAAACACAGUACUGAAUGGAAGAAAUCUGUUAGCAUAUGCAAAAACGGGGCCGUAAACAAGGCUGGACAUCAAACUUGUGGCGAUAGGAUUAUCCCUCAGAAACUGCGCGAAGUACUCUUUGAUGUAAUUAAAAUUGUAAACGAAAUUCGUCACAAAAGUGCUCAAUUCUCGAAUGUCUGA